UCUACCUGAUGAUGGUGAGGGAUGGUGUGACCUUCCUGUGUGGAAUCCCGGGAAUACAGAGGACGGGGACAUCUCUCUGGUGGGUUCCCAUGACUGGAUCCAUCUAGAUCCUUGUGUCCUUCUAAAUACUCCCACUCCUCCAUGGAGAAAUAGACAGUGACACCCUGACACCUUAUAGGGAACCUGACACACACAAUGAUACAGUCACCAUCCAGACACAUCCCUUGUCUGUUACUGGAGAAUGUCCCAGAAUUCCCGGCACCGCUCACCUCUCCUGUCAGCAGCUCCAUCAUCUUCUUGGUGACUUCUAGAAUCUUCUGCAUGUUGUGUCUCUCAGGGUUUAGGGAGUCACAUGGAGGCACUGUGAUGGUCAUAUGA